UAUUGUUUAUGUUUACAUAGGUUAUAUUAUUGUUGUAAAUUGCAAAAUUAAACUAAAUACUAAGAAUUAGGUCAUAGAGUCAUAAAAUAUUAAUUUUCUUUGUAAUUUAUUACAUAAGCCUAUUGUAGUUUGACUCAUUCUGCAGUUAAACCAUGACUGAUAAAAGGAGAGGAAACAUUAAAGUACUUAUAUGUGGAGAUGUAAACGGAAAGUUCAAGACCUUGUACUCACGAGUUGAAAAGGUGAAUAAAAAGAGUGGACCAUUUGAUUUGUUACUCUGUGCUGGAAAUUUUUUUGGAGCUAACACUUCAAUUGAUGAGUGGAACCUCUAUAAAAGUGGAAAGAAAUCAGUACCUGUUUACACAAAUAUUCUUGGCCCAACGGAUGAACGACUGACAAAAUUUUAUCCUGAUAUAAACGGGUGUGAACUGGCCCCAAACAUAAGUUACCUAGGAAAACGCGGCGUGUUCAGCACAAGUGGAGGCCUAAAGCUAGCCUACGUGAGUGGACUGGAGGACUCAGAUAGUUCGGCCUGCAGUUUCACGGCAGCUGAUGUGACGAGAGUACGAGACUCAUGUAUCAAGGGCCAACCCUCGUAUCGGGGCAUCGACAUACUGCUUACGUCCCAAUGGCCCCAGGGAGUAUUGCAACGCGAUGAAAAUGCUAAAGUGAAAGCCCCAAAAGGGUCCGAACUUUUGUCUUGGUUGGCAGUUCAAUUGAAACCCAGAUACCAUUUUGUUGGCUUGGAAGGUAUAUUUUAUGAAAGGCCGCCAUACAGGAAUCUGGACACAGGGAGUGACAGUGGAGCACAUCUAACCCGCUUCAUGUCACUGGGUGAGGUGGGUGGUGAUGCGCGGUGGUUGUACGCUGCCAGCCUGACACCUGUGGACAUCAUGUCUGCGCAGGAGCUGCGCCAGCAGACGACAGACCAGACCGAACUGCCGUAUACGGGCCGAGCGUUGUCAGCCACAGUGAGCGGUGCGAGUGACAAUAGUGCAGGGCACCAGUACUUCUACGACAUGACACCGGCCAAACAAUCACGUGAUGGUGACGGUCCCAGGGAGAAACGAGCGAAAAUGGAAUUUGAUCAAAGUUCAUGUUGGUUCUGCCUUUCCAGCCCUCAGGUGGAGAAACAUUUGGUCAUCAGCAUUGGACAAGAAGUGUACUUGGCCCUAGCAAAGGGAGGUCUUGUGGACGGUCACGUGUUAAUUUUACCAGUAACACACCACCAGGCUGCUGCUCACCUGCCAGACUCGGUCACUGCAGAGAUUCAAAAAUUCCAAGAUGCUCUAAGGAAAUGCUACGCCAAAGAUGGUAAAGUACCUGUGUUCUUCGAGCGGAACUAUAAGACUUCACACUUACAAAUUCAAGUAAUACCAGUCUCUAAAAGUGUCAGUCCCAAACUGAAAAUGGUGUUUGAGGACCACGCGGAAGCGGAAGGGUUCAGUGUGGACGAGUUACCACCUCAUGCUCGUCUUGACCAGAUCGUCCAGCCCAACACCCCUUACUUCUACGUGGAGCUGCCGAGUGGAGAGAGACUUUACCAUAGGGUCAGGAAACACUUCCCAUUGCAUUUCGGCAGAGAAGUUCUUGCAAGUUCACAAGUAUUGGAUAUGGAAGAGAGAGCAGAUUGGAAAAACUGUUCAUUGUCCAAAGACGAAGAGGCCAGGAUGGCAUUGAAGUUCAGAGCAAUGUUUAAACCAUUUGACUUUACUCUGUAAAUGUUUUUUCAAUAAAAUGACUUUUGUACAAAUAAACAUAUUUAUGUACUA